AUGAAAGACUGGCAGGAGUUCGAGUUGGAUGCGCUCAUUUGUCCAGCAUUUACAGUUCCUGCAGUGCCGCAUGAUUAUCCCAGUCGCCUUCCAGCAUGCGCUUUUGCAACGGGUUUAUUCAACAUGCUGGAUUUUCCGGCUGGAGUGGUGCCUACAGGAACUGUCAGUUCUAGUGACGAUGAACUUCUUGCUGAUGAGGCUUCUUGGCGCACAGGAAAGGAUAUAGCUCUGAAACUACUGAAAUGUGCUGCGCGAGACUCAGCCGGUUUGCCUUUAGCAGUGCAAGUGGUCACUUUACCCCUAAGAGAGGAGAAGUGCUUGGCGGUCAUGAAGCAGGUCGAAAAUGUGUGGAUUGAAUAA